ACACCUCUAGAUCUGUGCGCUGUAACUGCGCAGUAACCAAACGUAGGAACAAGCUGUAUGUAGGGUCGACGGUACUAGAAGUUGUUCCAGGCAAGGAAGUCUUAAAUUCUUGAUCGUGCAUGAAGGCCAAUACAACUGGCAAAAAAGCAUGGUGCCAACAGACACGGCAGUCCUCGGUCGGGCACGUGUGUGUCUCCUGGCUGUGUUCUGCCUGGUGUUUUCGGGGUUUGUCGUAACGUCUGAAGGUUCUCAAUGGGUCCAAGUAUUUGGGACCGUGAAAGGGACCGGACAGACGGCCGUGGACGCCUGGAGUGCCGGCCCUGGUGAGGACGUCUUACACGAUAAAAGCCCUCUGGUGGAGCAAUGGGGAUCGCUUGGCAUCAAACGGGUGAGGAUCGUACUGGAGGCCUCCACUGGAGAUGUCGAGUUGAUCUUCAAUGGAGAAAACACAGACAAGUUCAGCUGGUUCUCCCAGUCUCGUCUGAUCUCCUCUCCGUGGAACGACAUUAAUACGGAGCCUAAAAACUUCUUUUCGGUUGCGGGAGACACCAAUCACCUACGAACAUUUUUCAUCAGUCGAAGCUACAACGGCUGUCCACAAGACUACGGUUGGCUUGUGUUGGGAGAGGGACACUCAUGCACAUGGGAGCAGGCAUCUGUUUCCCGAAGACCAAACAUUUUGUUUUCUCUGACAACUACGCACGUCAACUGGAAUGGCGGGAAUAAUGUUGGAAGAGCCAAUCGCAUGGUCAUUUACAUAGAAACGGAGGAAUGUACUGAGUGCGAACAAGUCUGCACGUAUACAAACAAUGAAUUCCAGUGUUCCUGCCAUGCCGGAUACACCUUAGAAGAAAAUGGCGCAUGUGACGACAUUGACGAAUGCUUGAUAGAAAAUGGCGGUUGUGAUCACAUCUGCACGAACACCGAGGGGAGUUUUCAGUGUUCCUGCAACCCUGGCUAUAUUUUGAAUACUAAUGGAUUGACAUGCGAUGAUCCAUGUCUAACGGCCACGCCCCUGUAUGAACCACACCGCAGUACUGUGUACGUCCCAGCCGGAUCAAACGUGGAUGAUGGGGGGUUAGAGGAAGGCUGGUACCGCUUCACUCAUGUAGGAGGCAGGAUGCCAACCAGCUGUGUACAGUCAGAUCACUGUGGUACAGCGUCACCGGUAUGGCUGAACGGAGAACACCCCACAGACGACAGCAUUGCUGAUCGAGUGGCGUGUGCCAAUACUGGAGUGUCCGGUGACUGUUGCACAGAACGGUACGACAUUCAAGUCAAGCGUUGUCCCACCCCUGGACAAACCUACUACGUCUACAAACUCGUACCGACCAACUAUGGUGAGGCGUACUGUGCAGGUAACAGCGUUCCCUGCCCGAAUGGUGAAGUGUACAACGUAUUCCACCGAACAUGUGGAAAUAUCAUCCCGUUGUUCUCUGACAACCCUGUUUUACAUCCACCUGAGUAUGACGUCAUCAACAAUCACGUGACCUUCACGUGCGAGGUUGAGUAUGACCCCGAUGACGUCACAGCCUGGUUUGACGUCAUGUUUCUGUUCGAUGACGUGUACUUCCCGGACGUGCCUACUGUGACUCUCACGGCGGGAAAAAGGCGCGCAAAGAUGGACGCCAGUCAUCUGGGUCUGAACCAGCUGUACACUCACUGGCCUGUCACUUGGCCUUCGAAGAUGGGGAAAGCUGUUUCCUGCCAAGUGAGGUCUUACUGGGAAGAUACGCCAGAGGUGAAAAGCGAGUGGCGUCAGAGCAACUCCUACUGGGCAGGCAUUGAGGCAGAAGACGUUGUCGUCAUCGAAGAGUCUGCUGACUACUACAAGUUGGAGCUGGCCAGUACCGUCCCGUUUGUCUGUAGAGGGGGAGCGCAGAGGGUGGGGCAGUGCUACGUAGACGUUCCCUUGGCAUUCGACGCAAAUGACGACGACGUCUGCGUAGCUCAACGCUGUCAUGUGAGGUUGUACGCCGACAGGUGGUCCGAAACGGAACAUAGACUGAAAGGAGAAGCCAUCAUGGUAGCCGUGAAAGAUGGACAGUGGGACGGAGACAAACAUAUGCUCAUCAACUUCGGAAGGAUCACCCACUCUCCGGUAACGUUAACCAUCCCACACAUCUUCCACGGCUACACACCACAGUUCAACAUCCAGGUUCGGACAGUUGAUUCCGUCGAAGCGACGUGCACGUACUCUGGCGACCCCCAUGGCAUUACGUUCGACGAGCUUACAGGAAAUUGGCUGAAACAAAUCCACGUGAUAUUACCUGGAGAAUUCGUUCUCUACAGGAGUACAAAACCAGGCCGAAAAUUCGAAGUCCACUCACGACACAGACGGUGCCGCUGGGAUUUCGACAUCUCCUGUAACUGCGGCGCGGCAAUCCGUGAGGGGAACGAUGUCGUGAUCGUUGACUACUGCCACAGGACGUCACCAAUGAUCCGGUACAAAACAGCGACAGGAGGACCCCUCUCUCCGGGCGUUAUAGUUAGUCAGGACGGCAAUGGACAGUACAUAAGGGUUACAAUGCCUUCUGGCGCCUUUGUGGAAGUCAUAGGGUCUGGGUUCGUCACUCUCCGUGUCCACGCGCCGGGGAUAGACAAGGGGUACACCGAGGGGCUCUGCGGGACCUUCGAUGGAAAUCCUGCCAACGACGCCAUGAUGCCGGAUGGCACCAUUUCUACCCACCAUAUCUGGCCGGACUGGCACAGGGACUUCUCCUACGCUUGGCGAAUUCCGCCCGGACAGAGCCUGUUUGACGUUGACUGUGUAGACGAGGUCAGCAGCCCCGUGUCUGAAUCAGACUUCUGCACGUGUGGCAGAGGAAACAGAAUCGAGUGCAGUCCGACUAAAACACGCAAAACUAACCAUCUAAACGCCGUCUUCAACACCAUACAACCAUUUCAAGACGCAAGGAAUAGAAACUGUGCAAGGAGAAGAAAGAGGGAUCUGGAAAACAUCGAAGACGACCCAGACUUGUAUAACGACGACGUUGAUACGACAGAAUACGAGUUCGACUAUGCCCUGGACUCGGAACCGGUUGUUAACAGCAUGUGGCCGACCCCCAACAGAGGAAUAACAGAAGAGGAGGCGAGGGGGAAGUGUCAGGGAGGAAUCUUAAACCUGACCAUUGCUGAAGCCUGUCGGGAUGUGUACGGUGUGGACAUCUUCUCUGGAGUGGACUUCUGCAUGGCGGAUGUUAAAGUAACUGAAGAUUUCCAGUAUGUUGGCAUCAUUGUACAACAGAUUCAAGCGGAAUGUGCCGAAAAGGCCUACAACAACGUCAGCCUGUACGAGACCAACGAGAACGGAACUUCGGUGCCUCCAGCCUUCAUCACUGAGAACCUGUGUCCGCGCCAGUGCAGUAACCAGGGCCGGUGUGUGAACAGUACGUGUGAGUGUGACGACGGUUACACGUCUGCAGACUGCUCCAUACAGGUCGGCAGGCCUCCUGUCGCGCUAGGACUGCCGGGUAACGGUCUGUGUGACGUCAGAAGCCGUCCCUGCAGGAAGACGUCCUUCUUCGCCGAACCCGUGAUGAACUCUGGGAACCUGACAUGCAGGAUCACCCAAGUUCAGAUACAAGAUGAUGGAAUAAAAACCGAGGCUAACUCCAGCGGACGAUCUGAGGCGACAUUCCGCAGUUUUGGGGAGGUGUCGUGCGCUCUGCCCAGGUCUCCUGUACGGGACGGGACACCGGACACCAAGGACGGCGCGGUGGCUCACGGGAUGCUGCUGUCCGUUAGUAACGAUGGCGACCGGUUCAGUGAGGAGUUGUUCUUUACCGUGUACGACUCCGUCUGUCAGGAGUGUACUCAGGGAGGGGCCUGUACAUGGAAGCCGGACACUUGCAUUAUCAGAGGACACUGCUUUAGAAAUGGAGACCCAAACCCGGACAACUGGUGUCAACAAUGUCUGUCCGACCUUUCCAACACCACGUGGUCUCAUCGUCAAGUCAACAGCCCUCCCAGGUUCACAAUGACCUCCAGCACGAUAAUCAAACUUCCAGAUGAAAGUCUGACCAUGACUUUGGGCGCCGAGGAUCCCGAGGGCAGACCCGUGACGUUCCUAACAGCGCCGCCUAGCAGCCCAACCCUGACCGUGCAGCCAAACGGGGAGCUGACAUGGACGGGUGAUCAACCCCUCUCCAUCAACGUCACCAUUACUGACGAGUGCGGCGCGUCUUCUGAACAGACGUUCCACCUCACCAUCAUGGCGUGUCCUUGUGAGAACGGAGGGUCGUGUGUGCCCGACAUGCCCCGUGGGCGAGGCUCCUACACCUGCGUGUGUCCUGGGUACACCGGGGACGUGUGUGAAACUGAGCUGGACGAAUGUCAGUCCAACCCGUGUGUGAACGGAACCUGUAUCGACCUCGUGAACGGCUACAACUGUACCUGCGCGGAGGGAUACAUCGGCAGCCGGUGUGACGUGACCGUUGACAACAUGUGUGCCCUGAACCCGUGCUUUCCCGACGUCUCCUGUAUAAACCUAGAGGACGGGGGCUACUCGUGUGGACGGUGUCCUUCGGGAUACGUCGGGAACGGAUACGACUGCGAGGACAUAGAUGAGUGUAAGUCUGACAUACAUGGCUGCCUGCACGAUUGUAACAACCUCCCCGGCACAUACGAGUGUACCUGUCCGGACGGGUUUGUGUUGAUUGGCGAUGACUGUAUAGAUGUGGACGAGUGUGGUUUAGAGCUGGACGAGUGUUCACACUACUGUACGAAUACGAAUGGCUCCUACACGUGUGGAUGUCCGGCAGGAUUCGCGCUAAACGCGGGCGAAAGGAACUGUGAAGACGUGAACGAGUGCGCCAGCUCCCCCUGUCAGAAUGGAGGUGAAUGUCAUGAUGGGGUUAACCAGUACACGUGUUCGUGUGCCCGCGGUUGGGUCGGAGCGCAUUGUGAGGAAGACAUAGAUGAAUGUAGCCUGACUAACCAUGGCUGUCACGAAUGUAACAACACUCCCGGGAGUUAUGAGUGUUCCUGUGCGGAAGGGUACGUGGUCGGAGCCGGUGGGACAUCAUGUCAAGAUAUUAAUGAGUGCCUCCUAGACGACGACGUGUGCUCGUAUGUAUGUAUCAACACCGAGGGGAGUUACUACUGCAUCUGUCCACCUGGGUACACACCUCAAACAGACGAAUGUUAUCAACCAACAGACCCACCAAUACAGAUAUCCACUGCAAUUGAAGAUGACUGUAGGUCGACCCCAUGCACGGUUGAACACCAGGAAUGUGUCGAAAAUGGAGGUAGCUACAUCUGUCGGUGUGCUGUAGGAUACUACUUCAUAAUCAUCGGCACUAAGGACACAUGCAGAGAAUCGCUUACGUAUGAAGCUGAACUGACAAUCGUGGCAAUCGGUGGAGUUCAGCAGAGCUUUAAAGCGGAGUUGGGAGACACAGAAUCUGCGGAAUUUGAGAGGAUGGCGUCAGUUGUUGAGGAUGCACUUGACGAUCAUUUCGAUGCCGGACUCCGUGCACGGUACAAGGGAUUGAAGAUCAAAUCCUUCCGGGCAGGAAGCGUCAUCGUCGGGUUUGACAUCUACCUGUCCCAGGGUCCCGCCUCCGUCAGCACUGUUACCCAGGCGUUCUACGGGAAUCUACAGGGCAACAACACCAUCGGGUCAUCACAAGUUACAAUCAUGCCAUCGUCUUUUAGAGUUUCUGAAGUCAACAACGACUCCACAUCUCCCUGGUACCACGAGCCGCUGUACCUGGCGCUGGUUUGUACCGGCUGUGCUGUUGCUGUCACCGCCGUUAUUGUGGCAAUGAUCUGCUGUUACACCAAACACAGCAAGAAACAGCACAAAGUACAUGCAGUUCCCCAUGCCGAACUUCCGCUGACCGAGAGGAAACUAAGCGGCGAAAAUAAGCAGUGUUAGUUGAGCCUCCCUACUGAUUGGUAAAGUUUGUUAAAGUUUGGUUAAGUUUUUUUAUUUUUUUCGAUUCUUAGAUAAGAUCAGAUUAGGUGUAAAGCCCCCAUUUCACCAGGACACUCUCACUGCGCUCAUCUUUGCUCUCUCUGCGAUCUGAAAUCGAGCGCCGUGAGUGCACCGUGAGAGCGCCGAGGUCGACAUGUUUUGUAUCUGAAUCACUGUUGGGGCCGUUGCGCGCUGUCAUGGCGCUCGCUUUACUCUCUCACGGCGCUCAUCCUCGGCUCUCCUCGUGCUCUUACGGCGCUCAUCGUUGCAUCGCCGUCCUCGGCGCUCUCACGGCGAUGGUAUGACGCCGUUCCA